CCCUCUCCCUCCUCUUCUCCUCUUUCCUUCUUUGCUCUUCGCCUCCUGUCCUCCUUCCCUCCCGCUCGGCCGCCGGGCUGCCUGGCUGCCGAAAGCCCCUUGUUUGCCUUGGGCGCAGUGCGCCAGGGCUGUCUGCCCGAGACCAGCUUCAGAGGAGCGCCCCGCUCUCCCCGCACUAUCCCCUACGCGUUGUAGAUGUCGCUGUUGUCCGUGGUUGCUUGGCGGACCGGCCGGGCCCGGGGAGCACGUGACCCACGAGGAGGCAGCGGCUCAAGGCCAUUUUCAAAUCUCAUUGGCUUGGUUGUCAUGUGGUCGGGCAGAGGCAUCCACAAUUACACAGGGAAUGUUUUCCUAGAGAUGUCAGCCUACAAAGGACACAAUCUCUCUUCUUCAAAUUCCUCCCCAAAAUGUCCUUUCCCAACAGCUCUCCUGCUGCUAAUACUUUUUUAGUAGAUUCCUUGAUCAGUGCCUGCAGGAGUGACAGUUUUUAUUCUAGCAGCGCCAGCAUGUACAUGCCACCACCCAGCACAGACAUGGGGACUUAUGGAAUGCAAACCUGUGGACUGCUCCCGUCUCUGGCUAAAAGAGAAGUUAAUCACCAAAAUAUGGGUAUGAAUGUGCAUCCUUAUAUACCUCAAGUAGAGAGUUGGACAGAUCCGAGCAGAUCUUGUCGAAUAGAGCAACCUGUUACACAGCAAGUCCCUACUUGCUCCUUCACUACCAAUAUUAAGGAAGAAACCAAUUGCUGCAUGUAUUCCGAUAAGCGAACCAAACUAAUUUCUUCUGACGUCCCUUCUUACCAGAGGUUGGUCUCUGAAUCAUGCCCCAUUGAAAAUCCCGAGGUUCCUGUCCCAGGAUAUUUUAGACUGAGCCAGACCUACGCCACUGGGAAAACCCAAGAGUACAAUAACAGCCCCGAAACGAGUUCAACUGUAAUGUUACAGUUAAACCCUCGCGGCUCUGCCAAACCGCAGCUAUCUUCUGCCCACCUUCAGAUGGAAAAGAAAAUGAGUGAAAACCCCAGCAACCAGGACUCAGCUAAAGUCCCUCAAGUGGAAAGCCCCGAGCCCAAGUCCACUUUGCCAGAGGAGAGGAGCUGCCUAGCUGAAGUGUCCGUGUCCAGCCCAGAAGUCCAAGAGAAGGAAAGUAAAGAGGAAAUCAAGUCCGACACUCCAACCAGCAAUUGGUUAACUGCAAAGAGUGGCAGAAAGAAGAGGUGUCCUUAUACUAAACAUCAAACACUGGAAUUAGAAAAAGAGUUCUUAUUCAAUAUGUACCUCACUCGCGAGCGCCGCCUAGAGAUCAGUAAGAGCGUUAACCUCACUGACAGGCAGGUCAAGAUCUGGUUUCAAAACCGCAGAAUGAAGCUUAAGAAGAUGAGCAGGGAGAACCGAAUCCGAGAACUGACCGCUAAUCUGACCUUCUCUUAGACCCUUACACGGGGACAGAAACAGUGAGGAUAUUCGGCACAACAUUCCCCGGGUGCAAAAUGCAGGAGAGACUUGGAAAACACAAAAUCUUCAUUUUUCUUUCCUUUUUGUUUUUGUUUUAUCCUGAUAGAAUGUGACUUUGGGGUCAUUAUUUUAGUGCUGCAAGUGAAUCUGUAUACCUAUGGAAAUAUAUAUAUAUAUAUAUACACACACACAUAUAUAUAUAUAUAUCCAUAUCCAUAUAUAUAUAUAUAUAUAAAAGAAAACUAGCACGUGUAAUUUAUUUUUUUUCAUCGUAAUGCAGGGUAACUAUUAUUGAGAGUUAUCAUUUGGUUUUAACUUAUUGGAACUGUGGAGUAUCCAAGCAAUGUGACUUUUUCAUAUUUUUACUCACAAAUAUGGUUUGUGCGUGUGGCUUUCACAUUAGCCAUGGCAUUAUUGAAUACAUCCAAUACUUUAACAAUAUUAAGAUCACCCACAACCUUUUUUUGGGGGGGAAGCACAUGACAAUGUAACUAUCCUCGCAAAUGAACUUAGAGAUUGUCUUUCGUAAAAUGGAUUCUUGUCUACUUAUCCAUUGUAGAUAUGUUCUUGUGGUGCAUAUGUGGUAUCUUAGAAGUACAAACAGCAAUCUGUCCUUUCUGUGCAUGUUCUGUUAGCAUGUAUAAUGCAAUAAACUCUGUAAACGAUACUGGCCCCUUUUGUUGUCUAAAAUGGAAAGAUCAUCAGUCUGGAUUUGAGAGCCUUCACUGGGAAUAUCAGCUGCGGCCUGAAAGACUCUUUGAAGGGGGAGGAGGGGAUCAGGAGUGAGAAGUGGGGUGGAGGAGAAAGUCAGAGAUGGGAGAGAAAAGGAAAGGCCCCCGGGAAAUGGAAGAGUGGUACCAGUGAUUAAUCGGGAAAUGUUGUACAGUUGUUCACAGUUUGGAAAAAGAGAAUCUCUUCCCCUUUCCCUCCUCCAAGGAUAGUAAAGUAUCAUUACCUAAAUCGGACUCCUGCUUCC